GGCCACAUUUCCGAAACGGAGGCCCUGACAAAGUUUCGGAAUUCGUAGCGUGGCGGACGUACUUUUACCCCGGACAAUCCGCCUGUGACAUUUGUCUGAUACGACGACUUGAUUGCGAUUUUUUCAUCAACCAGCAAGGCAUCUGCACCAAUUGUGCAAUUGGAGCGGUACAGUGCGCCGUCACGAACAGCACCCCGACCAACGCCAACGUUCCUUUUGAUAACAACCUGUUUGGUAUACCAGGUUUCCAGGACCAUUCUAUUAAUUUUGAUCAUGUUCCUUUCCAAGAUCACCCUCAAACCGAGGGAGGUAUGUACCCCGCUGCCGAGCCAUAUCCUCAGACAGAACCACUAACAGUAGAUCCAAGCCUGAUCACGAGUGACGACCCUCUUCUUCCUCUCGCAGGGUCACCAGGCGCAGAACUUGAUUUGAACGAUAUCCCUACUCCUGAAGGUGACGUACCCUCACCCUCGGCCUUAUUAGGUUCUCCAUCACUUGCUCCGAAAACUUCAGAUUUAAACCUCUUAAAUACUCCAUUUGUAGUGGACGCCUCCCAAGGGGUUUCGCCAGGAGACCCCUUGAGUCAGUUGAACCAUCCUUCACUGCCAUCUCUAUCGCCUAUCAUGAGGUUCCUCGUCACAAGCUCGCCAAACCAGGCCAGAUACAUUGUGACAAAGGGAGAUGACUCCGCUGGAGAUGCAGCGCCCGCUUCGCUAUCAGGCCAAGAUCCUGUAUCGGCUCACAACGCUCCAAAUUGGUCAGGGAUAGAUCCAGUUCCAAGUAACAUUUUUCCACGAGAGACUUCACCAACCUCAGACCGCAGGAGAGCCAGAUGUCACGUAUGUCGCCAGGCUGAUAGGGAGUCCUCGAUGUACAGGACCUGUGUAUGGAUCGCUGAUCCUAUAGCAAGGUUCCAGUCAGGCUGUACUACAUGCAAAACAUAUGGGCUAGUAUGUGUCGUAGACGGUGUUGCCCUUGCACCGAACCCUCACGCCAAAUACAACUCCAGAUGGGUUCCCUGUACUGCUUGCAGCUUGUUCGAAACCAAUUGCGAACGCCAGCGGCCUUGCACGAGCUGUAUUGCGAGAGGCACACCGCAGACGUGUCCUGUUGAAGGCUUCGGGGUUUUCCGUAGGGGCACAGGCCUAGGGACCGAGCUUUACGCCUAUCUCAGCCUGGGGAAACCUGGGCAGGAACCCCAGAUAUUCGACAGCAAAUAUAGCCAACCUCCCGAUUACCACAUUCAAUAUGUACGUUGGUUAGAAGGAGGACCUGUUCCAGUACCGCCCGGCUACACGGGGCCGCCCCUUAACCCACCGAGACCAAAGUUGAGCUUACGCAUCCUCAACCUUCCACUUCCCUCUGCUUCUCCACGCGUGGUCGCUCCCCCCAACCCACCGCUACUUCCUGGGCAACGAUCAGAGCGUACGUGCUUUAAUUGUAAACGGAUAAGGCGCCAGUGUGAUCGGCAAAUGCCGUGUUGUUCGCGUUGUGCAACCAAGGGAGUGCAGUGUGUUUACAGUAGUUCCCAUUUCUUUUAACACUAGUUAUUCUUAUCUAAUUUUAAUUUAUUUUGGCUAAACUAUGAGUAUGCCAUGCUUAUAACUUAGCUAUGCUAUGCCUUUUAUUAUUCAUCAUGGUGGCUAGACCUUAGUUGUAAUAUUAGUAACAGCACUCCUGCUCAAUCAUUACCUUAUUUAUUACCUUUUCAUUCCUUUUUUCCUAAACUACACGCCGGAGUUA